GUCUCGGCUAAAUAAUUUAGUUUCCACGUCAACAACUUAUAAGAAUCUCGGCCUUCUUGGUUCUGACUCGGAUUCUCUACGCCCUUUUGAUAAUUUCAUCACACACCCGCAUUUAUUAGUUGGAUUCUCAUGCAGUGUCAACAAUUCUAUCCCUUCGACCCGACAAAAGCCAGUUAUCAUACCUAGUCACUACUAUUUGCAUUACGAAAUUCAACCUUCAUCAACUUUACACCAUUGCCUCAGACAUGACUACUCUAACCCAAUUUACGGUAUUCCCCAAGCUUUCUAAUGACUUAAAGGCUAUGAUCUGGGAUAUCGCUUCGCAAGAACCUCGUCGAAUUCAAUUUGGAUACUACGUGGGUAGCAAGAGAAAGAAUGCCAAGAAAAAGAACGAUGAACCUACCUCGGAGAGAGAUAAGAUCUUCUCUGGAAAGCAUCCUGAUUAUCCCUACCCGUGGAGACUUUUGGCUACAGGUAGAGUACCUUCUGUGCUUAUAACAUGCCGGGAAUCUCGCCAUUGGGCAAUGAAGCAUUAUCGCUUGGAUUUCAAGGAUCAACUGGGGGCUGCACUGACAUUAACCACGGGCCAAUUGCGCUCGUCAAAGACAGCUUUAAAAUGCCUGCAGUGGAGAGAAUAUUCAUGGCUUCCUCCAUUUCAACGCAUAACUACGAAAUUGCCGUGGAGACUGCAAAAAAAUUCCCUAACUUGAAGUCGCUCGCUACAAGAACUAACGGCGUUGACACCGAAGACGUUACUUACCACAGUUCUGGUGUAGUUACUGGUGCCAAUAACAUUCCGCCUUCUCUUAAAGUCCGAAUGAAUCAGCUAUGGAACUCUGAUGAGUGGAAGGCAAUCAGAGCUUACGGUCAAAUACCAGAAUUGCGGAUUUAUACAAUAGAUGAGCUGUGUUCUGGCUUAAUUUUGCCAUUUGGCCCUUCAAAUAUAAUCAAGCAUCAAUAAAAAAGUUCCGAGAUGCAAUUCUAGUGCCACCAGCUCGUCGAUCAGAACGAAUCAAGUCGAUGAAGAUAAGGCUAGAUGUCGAAGAUUAGACAG